AUGACAGGAAUAAUCAAACGUAUUUCGAAGUGGUUGAAGUCAGAGAUAGAAAUAUCAGAAGCUGCAAAUUAUGUCGGAAGUGUUUUUCAUGAUGAUAGUGAUGAACAAUCAUUUUUCGAUGUAGUCUUUUCUAGGUUCGAAAAUUAUGAUCAAUCGAAUCAAGCUCAUGGAAACAGGACUUUCUCAGAGGAUAUUGAUUUUAUUAUUCAAUGUGCCAUAGAUAGUUUAACGUCGUCCGAACAUUUAUCUCGACACUCAAAGCAAAUUCACGUGUUCUUUUAUAUUUAUCGUCGAACUGCUGAAUACAAUGAGUAUAAAAGGCGAUGCAAUACUCAACUGAAGGAAUUUCAAGAGAAACUGCUCGAGCGGUUAGGACAUGUGUUCGAAUCAACUAAGGGCUGUGACCCAAAUCUGUCUACAACAAACAAGGAUCUAAUAGAACGGAUAGACAUUCGACAACAUCUGGCCACCGUUACAGAAAUUAAAGAUAUCGGAAAAUUGAAUAUAUUCUUUGCUCUUUGUAAAUUAUCCUUUCAAUCAUCGUUAGUGAUGAGCAGUAGUAUUCGUCUGCAGUGGAUGGAUGUAUUGAAAAUGUGUCAGUGGAAUAUUUCAGUCAUUGACUUUGUUUCACAAUACUUGGAAUGUAAAUCAGCAUUCGAACAAUGCCCACUAGAUAUAUCUGCAUUGAUUUAUCUCACACGAAAAGCACAGUCAUCGACGAGUGUUGACUUGCCAACAUUUGAUAUUCUUCAUAGCUUUCUAAAUGAUUUAAACUUAGAUUAUAAAGAAUUCUAUGGUCGAUUUUUAAGUAUAUUCGGUGAGGGUAUUAGGAAACCUUCUUGUAAACAAUCAAAAAUUUCCCAACUAUUUCGAAUUUUAAGCACAGAAGAAGAUUUAUUUCCGACAUAUUUAUCGACGUAUGCAUCAGGCGUGUCACCUGAUCACUUAUGGGAACUAUUUUUAAAUUUAAGCGCGAAUGGCGACAUUAAUGAAAUCAUGCAAAAACAUCUUAGUUCGAUUUUAACCCAGAGAAUGCAAUAUAUUAGCAUUGAAGUAUUCAAGCAUUAUUAUGUGUGUGCCGAAUGCUGUUUACCAAAAAUCAAAGAUGAAAAUCGCCAAGUAUUUGUUGGAAUACUCGACACUGUGCUCCAAGGAUUUCUCAGCAAACAGCUUAACGAUCAAUCAUAUUCCUGUCAGUUUACAGAAUAUCAUUUAAAAGAAUUCCUAAAUAUCGCUCUGAAAUUAUCGCCGAUGAACAGUCCUCAAUAUCCAUCUUGUUUACUUAUUAUACGACAUUUAUUGUUCAAAAUGGAUAGCUACGAAAAAAUAAAAUCUAGAAGAGUCAAAUAUUUAUUUGUAAGAUUGAACAAUCUUGAUAAAAAAUUAUUUCAAACAGAUGAUCCCAAAAGUAUCAUACAAGAUGAGUGGUUCAUUGAUUAUAUGUUUCAUAUACCUAACGAUUGGUUCAUGCUAAGCAGAUAUGAUUAUGACGAUCUCGCCGCCGCUCAUCAGAAUAAUAGUUGGUCACUUUACAUUUGGUCACGACUUAUUCAAUUGAGUCUGUCAAAAGUAGAUACUAAUAAAUGGAACGAAACAGUUGCGCAACUAAAUCACUGGAUGAUCAAUGUCGAGCGUAAUAAGUACACUGCCAACGACACUUUGACAAUUAUUUUUGUCAACACUGUAUUUGAUAUGGCUAUUUCCAAGAAUUCGAAAUCUGUUUUGUUUGCUCCGAAUAUCGGAUCAAUACUGAAAUAUAUUUUAGAUGCCAAACAAAAUAAUGAUAAGUUAAUUGAUAUAAAGCAAGUAGAUGAUUUCAUUCAAAAAGUAAAUGAGUCAAU